AUGCCUACCGCAACAUCAACCGAUCAAUAUGCAAUCACCAACCUCGGGCCUCUGACGACCGUCUUCACGCCACCAGCAUCCUGCGUAACCGCCGCCCCGUCCGGCCCGAAUCUAUGGCUCGCAGUCCGUAACGCCUUUGGUGACGACCGCGUAGCCGCCAACUACAAGAAGGAAUGCGGCGUCGCGUCACAAGGAGACUGCUUCCCCUCCGGCUCCCAAAUCGACGAAGCUUACUCUUCCGCAACCGCCAAGGGCAUCUCUGUUGCCGGCACCAUCGACUACUUCUCCCCGGCCAGCGCCUGUCCCGACUCGUACACCACGGCCGGCGUGGCCUCCAGGGUGAACGGCAGCGUCGUCAGCUCGUCGGGCAUCUUCGUGCCGCCCGCCGUCACCGUUCGCAACGGCGGCAACAUCGUGCAGAACCCGCCACUGAAUGUGCUGAUGCAAGUACUUGACGAGGGCGAGACUGCUGUCAUUUGCUGUCCUCAAAACUGGACCGUCGGCAUCAACGGCGGCUGUUAUUCAGAGGUCCCGGCAUCUGUCUACGGUGAAAGAACCGCCUGCCUGAGAGUCAGAGACAACGACGACUACACCGAGGUCACGGGGUCCAUCACCUACAACAACACCAUCAUGACAGGUAGGAUCUUCUCUUACACGGCGAGCAGCCAGGCCUUCUCCACCCGCACGACGACUCUCACGGCAUCUGCUCUGACUGAGAGCAUGUACCCCGUCGCGUCCAGAGCGGCUGUCACCAUGAUCCACAAGGGCAGCGUUGAGGAGACGGGCGGUGCUAGUGGAAGUGGUACUGCCGCUCCAACGGAGACGGCGCCUAGCGCGGCUCACGGGAUGAGAAUGACGACUUCGGGUGGUAAUGUCGGCAUCUUGGCCACCGUCUGGACUUUUGCGGCUCUGGCUGGUGUUGCUCUGGCACUGCCUCUUUGA